AUGCCGCUGUCCCUGCGGGGCAGCAUGCAGAGGAGCUGUUACACAUGUGAUGCUGAGCUGAGGUGGGUGGGGUGGGUGACACCAGUCCCUCCUGUGCCCCUGACUCGGGGGCUCACUGGCUCACCUACCCACAGGUGCUUCUGGACCCUCCUCAUCCUGACCCUGCUCCUGCUCCUGCUGGUUGGCCUCCUGCAUGUGGAUAUGGAAAUGCUCACACCCCUCCUCGGCGGCCAGACUGAGGGGCUGCCCAUCACCAACAUCAUGUUUCUCAAGACGCACAAGACCGCCAGCAGCACGGUGCUCAACAUCCUCUACCGAUUUGCUGAGAUGCACAACCUGUCGGUGGCGCUGCCAGCCGGCUCGCGCUUCCACCUGGGCUACCCCUGGCUCUUCCUGGCGCGCUACGUGGAGGGCGUGGAGCAGGAUGGCCCACAGCGGCACGUCAACAUCAUGUGCAACCACCUGAGGUUUAACCCGCCCGAGGUGCAGAAAGUGAUGCCCAACGACACUCUAUACUUUUCCAUCCUCAGAAACCCCAUCUUCCAGCUGGAGUCCUCCUUCACCUACUACAGACUCAUCGCGCCCGCCUUCAGGGCCGCCCCGAGCCUGGACGCCUUCCUGGCGGCCCCGCACACCUACUACAACCAGAGCCAGAGCCUGAAAAACGCCUGCGCCCGGAACCACAUGUGGUUCGACCUGGGCUUCGACCCCGACGCGCCGGUGGAGGAGAGCUACGUCCGCGCGCGCCUGGCCGAAGUGGAGCAGCGCUUCCAGCUGGUGCUCAUCGCCGAGCACUUCGACGAGUCCAUGGUGCUGCUGCGGCGCCGGCUUCGCUGGCGGCUGGACGACGUCGUCUCCUUCAAGGUCAACUCGCGCAGCCAGCGCACCGUCACCCGCCUGACGCCCGAGGGCCAGGAGCGCGCCAAGCGCUGGUGCGCCCUGGACUGGCGCCUCUACCAGCACUUCAACCGCACCUUCUGGGCCGCCCUGCGCGCCGAGCUGGGCCCGCGGCGACUGCGCUCCGAGGUGGCGAGGCUCCGGGCGCGGCGGCGCGAGCUCGCAGCCCUGUGCCUGCAGGACGGCGCGCCCAAGAACAAGACGCAGAUCACCGACCUCAGGCUGCAGCCAUUCCAGUCCGGGCAGGCCGACAUCCUGGGCUACAACCUCAGGCAGGGCUUGGACAACGAGACGCUGCGCAUGUGUCAGAGGAUGGUCAUGCCCGAGCUCCAGUACAUGGCCCACUUGUACACCUUGCAGUUCCCCGAAAAGCCCCCCAAGGUCAUCCCCUUCCUGAAGGCAUAGCCCCUCGGUUUGAUGCCCGUCCCUGUGCUGUCACGUUGGGAGGCCCUGGGAUUACAGCCCCGCCCCCCAGUGUCCAGGGAGGAAGACACCUGCAGGAGGAGCUCCUGUUGGACGCAGUCCAGAAGGGAGCCUGUUUGUCGUUCGUGGGGAGGGACUGAGGGCGCCCUGCCUGGCAGGACAUGAUUCCUGGCUGCUCGGGGGUCCAGCGGUUAGAGUGCGAUGCCCACCGUCAGUGUCACAUGCCCUGCGCCCUUCAAAACGCGCGGUGCCCGGAGCGCUGGAGGAAUAGCUCCUCUCCCAGCUCAGCCUGGAGGCUCAGCCUGGCCGGCCUGCCCGGUGCUGGGGGCCCCUUCCGUUCCCCUCAGGGCCUCCAGCUCAGAGGACCGGGCAGCUGGGCUGGGCACCUGCAGCGGUGGGUAUUCCGGUGUGUAGGUGUGUCCACACUUUUCAGGUAAAUCAGCAUU